GCACCACAAGUCCAGUUAAGCCGCUUAACAGUAACAUCAGUAUGAAGUACACCGUUGCCAUUGUCGCCAUCGCCCUCUUGGCCAUCGCCGUGAAUGGAGCACCACCAGCUGGGCAGCAAGAGGCACAGGUGGUGCGCUACGAUUCCGAUGUGCAGCCGGAGAGCUAUAAGUUUGUUGUGGAAACUAGCGAUGGCAAGUCACAUCAAGAGGAGGGUCAACUGAAGCACGUGGGCACCGAUCAUGAGGCGAUCGCGGUGCGUGGCUUCUACACUUAUUUGGGCGAUGAUGGCCAGACCUACACCAUCAAUUAUGUGGCCGAUGAGAAUGGCUACCAGCCAGAAGGUGCUCAUCUGCCGCGUGCCGUUCAAUAAGCCCUGCAUUUUGCACAAAAACAAAGACAAUGUUAACUAGGUUUAAGAUUCUUCUAAAUUUACGAAUUGCAAAAAAAAAGAAAAUACAAUGUUUAACGAAAAUAAAGAGGUUUAAUUCCACUUGAACUAAACAAGCAGAAA